AUGGCGGCAUCCAACAUUCAUACCAAUGUGUUCCACCCACCGUCAAUCAUCACAUAUGAGGAAGCUCCUGUUAUUGAUCGCCCAUCGCAGUCUAUGGAGGCAUCCGCCAGCGAGGCCCACAACCCACCACAACCCACCGAACCGUCACCAGCUGCAGGGGAGACUGUGGCGCAAAGCCUAAAGAGGCUGGAGUGUUUAAUUGAGGCAAACACUGAAAGGCAGAAAGACCAGUUUAUCGAACUCCAACGUACUUUAUCGGCAAAUGGCAAACUCGCACAGCAGAGCAUUCUUCUCGCACAUCAGAGUAUAAAGAAGGCCGAGGAUGCAAUUACUUUAGCGAAGGAUAUCAAGAACGAUACAAGGGGUCUGGUGCCAGCAUGUACACGCAGGGGUGCAAUACCUUCAGAUGCCAAACCUGUGCGCAUACCGAAGCUACGCUUAUCAGUGCACACCAUCAACACGGAGAAACCCCCCUUUGGAUCCAGCCUGAGGUAA